CACAAACGUUACUUUUUUAUAUCAUUUCACAUUUUUUUUUUUUAGAGAGAGCAAUCCCUAUUAUCCUCUUUUUUCUUUCUUCUUUUAUCACCAUCCCCUAUUCCCUUUCAUUUUAUUUUGUGGGCAUAGCGUCUGUACUAUUCUGCCCUUCCACAUUGGUCGCUUUGAAAGACGAUUGAGCUCCAUGCGCUCUCGAGAUUUACGCAUCACGUCGUUCAUUGCCGUAUUUCUAGUCGCGUUGAUCCUUGUUUCCUUGGUAGUCAUUCUUUGUCUUGCUGUGUCUUCUCAUCUUACGAUCCUUUUCCGUUCCUUCCUACAAUCAUAUACUAUCUCUACGCCCUUACGUCCCGCCGUCACUACGGCUACCGCGGCGCCCAGUGUUCGGCUGCCGUCCGUUCGUCCUGAAUCGACAGUGACAGCUUCGUUUAUCACCCUUUUCUUUCGUUACAUUCAUCGACACAUCCCUAUCCAUUCCUUCACAUCAUUUACAGCCUUCUUCAUCGUUGUACUUUGCUUGACUAUCCUGCUCUGCCGCACUUUCCACAGGCUUCGAAGCCGUCAUGCAUUGGACAGUUGUUUGGAAGGAUUGGGUGAAUAUCGCAUUCCUGGCACAACCAUUUCUAUUGAUGCGAGAAAGAUCUCGCACUUGUCUCGCUGGUUUAGACCAAGUGUCGGUUUUCAAUCGCUUUCCAUCAAACCACCAAGUGACACUUCGACUGGGUUCAACAAGAAUAUCGUGACCGUGACGAGUUAUACACACGCUCCUGACAAAAAUACUUCAUCUGCAUCGUUUUCUUCAUCUUCUCUGGCAUCUCGACCGUGUGUUCGAUCUGACCCUUCCAUUGAUCCUUCGCAUUUGUAUAUAUCUUCAAGACCCGAUACUGAAAAUCCGGAAGAACAAGUGUCAUCGUGUACUCCUUCUUUCUCAUCGUCCAAUUUACAGCUGACACCUUCAACCAGUACAUCCUCGCUCGGAUCCACCACCUCAGAUCAAAAAUCACAGCCACAUGAUCCUUCCCCUGUCACCGUCACUGUGACAGCGAAAGCAGCCCCUACAGGCCAACCGCCACUCAUGCCUCUGGAGAAAAAACCUACAGCUACCGAAAAGCGGAAACGUAAGAAACAAGCUAAAGCAAAGCAACAACAACAACAGCAACAGCAACAGCAGCAGCAGCAGCAACAAUCAAGAAAAUCGACUUUUUCUGCGCCGACGGCGUCUUCUUCUUCCUGUGUUCCAUCACCAGCAUCGGCAAACGAUAAAUUGGAAGGCACGAGUACACCCAAGGUGGAAACUACAGAGGUUUGGAUAGAUUCAGUACGGAAACGAUCCAAUCGCGACACACAGAAACCGUCUCGUAAAUCCAAGCAACCCGACUGUGUCACAUCGUCUAUAUCGUUAUCCCCUUCGUCUUCAACUUCGGUGUCGCAGCCGUCGUCACCACCGUCCCAGUCAAAGACGUCAUCCCCCAAACAGACAGCCUCUACUGUUGAAGUGACCAAGUCGCCGUGUACAGAACCAUCGACGCCAGUGAAUAAGCAGUCAAGAAUGAUGUCGAUGCCAGCGUCAGACAUCAAAAACAAUUCGUCUGUAUUGGCCACCCCAACGACAGAAUCGGUGGAAACACCGUUAAAAACGCCUUGGAACAAGCAGUCCUAUGCUUCUGCCAAACCAUCCGAAUCGAUCAACUGGUAUUCCCCAUUUUCAACUGGAUUAGAAAUCGACUUGGUGCCACGAUCGCCUCCGUCCCCGGGGAUGUCUGUAAGCAACCGAAGUUCGUCUUCCGAAUCCAACUACAGCGGUUACCAGUUAUUCUCCAAUCCCGGGUCGAUUCCUCCGACGUCUCGGAUGGCCCCAUCGGUUGCAGGCAACGCUGUUGAUUAUAACCCUCUGUUACUGAAUUAUUUGAUAUCCAAUUCCCGGGAUGACUACACCGGUUAUCCAGCUUCGCCACUGAAACCGGCCUCGUUGUCUUUGUCCAAUCCAUCGGAACCGCAUUCCUUUUCUCCGUUGAUCGCUCCCAAACCGCAGCCGCAGGCACCGGUCGGAACAGGAACAUUGCAAUCAUCUUCGACCUAUUUAUUUGGGAAACCUGUUGCUCCCUUGUUCGAUCACAAGAAAUACAAUGAUCCCAAUACCAGCUAUCGAACCGUCGGCUCGUUGGAUGCUCCACCGGGAAAAUCACUCAGACAUUACGCGUCGCCGUCAUCCUCAUCCUCAUCAUCGUCAUCGAUGGCUCGACCACCGACACCUCACUCUCGUUUUUUAAAUACUGCUCCCCAACCGCAUUUUUCAUUGUUUGAUAGGAAAUUAUCAUUUCAAACACAUCAAUGAGACGUAACUUUUUUUCAAGAAAAAAAGUGCAACAAAAAAUUUUAAAUAAAUCUGAAUUACUAUGGAAGUUGUCACCAUUAUCAUCUGACGUUCCUU